AAUUUAUUUCAAUCGAAAAUUUUGUACUGCUAUUUGACGUAACAAAUAUUUUGUUUCAAUCUGAACAAAAAUUGUUGACCUUAACCUCAGUGGACUGAUAGCUCCAACAGAAUACUGACACAAAAUCUAGAAAACACAUUAAUUUCGCCUUAAUCAAAUCUUGGCUUUCAUUGAAAAUCAAAUGGAUUCAGUUCAAUAUUGUAUAUGAAAUUUAAAGCAUGCCAAAUUUUACGCAACUAAUUUUACUUUCAUUUGCCAUUUUCCUCACAAGCCUAGGGGCGACCCAUGGAAAUGUUGUAUUUCGAUUUGGUUUCAAUUUCGGCAUCGAUUCUGGUGAGACAUUACUCAAAAGUGAUCUACAAAUCGGUGAUGGAUCGAUCAAGUUUUUCAAGAGUACAUCUCAAACGGAAACAUCCACUACAGAAGCCCCGCAUUUCAUGAAUGACAUUUGGUCGCAGCAGAGCAAAUUAAAUGUCACAGCCAAUGACAAAUUUCAAAAAUCGCGAGAUGCUGUGACGCACUUAAGAAACGAUCUGUCCGAUGUCGUUGGACGCAGUGAUUAUCUGGCAGCUCAGGUCAAGUUGAUGACCCGUUAUCUGAACAAAGCCAAUAUUGCCUUGGAAACGAGUGCAGCCAAUCGUUUUCGAAUUCUACAGGAUUUUGUCCAGCUUGUUGAUGAAUUGAAAACUCCGCCCGGUGAUGAUGUUGGCGGCGAACGUUCCUUAGAUUAUGCUGUUAUGAAAAUGGCACUGGACAAACAUCGCUUGGUCGAAUUACAAAAUGAAAUCGUGGUGGACGUUCUGCAGGCUAUGCAGGCAUGGCAGGAUUUUGUGAAGAACAAAAUGAUUGAAGUAUCAACUGUUUAAGAACAUAACUAAAUAAACAAUAAAUGUAUAGAUAUUA